AUGGGCAAGCAUGGUGGUGCAAAGGUCUUGGAAGUGGUUGAGCGAGGCCAGCGCCUAGACAAGGUGCAUGCCCUUGACCCGCUGGCCAUGGAGAUGCUCGAGGAGGCCAAGGGACAUGGGCGCGAGAAUGUGAUCGCACCCUACCUGGAAGAAUUGAAGCGUGAGCAUGGGCUCUCCACACCGAAACCUGUGGAAAUGCCCGAGGAACUCAUAGCCGAGCGAGACUUUCUGGAGCAGCAGAUUGCAGAGGUCGAGGCCGAAAUCGCCAAGAUCGAAGAUUUCCGGCAGGAGCAAGAGGGGCAGCGCAAAGCGGCGGCGAACACAUUGAGCGCCAUCGAGUUCGACGACGAACGAAGAUUGGCGAGCUUUUGCGCAAAGAGGCGACGAUCCUACCUGGGCGUCAUGCAGGUGGAGCCUCCGAUUGCGGGCAACAUGCCUGACUUCGAUGUCGAGCGGAGCGAGUACAUCAAGUCUGGCCUGCGACGGAAGUGCAGGGAGGCGCAUGCGGAGAUGGCUGGCUUGGUCGACCGGCUGCCGAAAUACUUGGCCUUGACGCGAAACGCACGAGAAUCAGCGGCUGCCAUGAGCCAGCAGCGGCAGAAGUUCAUCGACCACAUCAAGUCCUUGAAGCCGAAGUUCCUCCGGGAUCUGAGGCAAGGGGGAGCCAAGAAGCUCAAGCAGGAUAUCGAGACAAAGCUGGAUGAGGAGACCCUGAUGAAGCAGGUCGAAGACAGCUGGGACAAGGAGGAGGCCCGGCUAUGUUCCGGGCAUCUCGCCUUGGAGAAGCGAGCUGAGUUCUUCGGGACGAUCUCCGAUGAAGUCGCCGAGGAGGUGGCCAAGCUGCAGGAAUCCAUCGAGAGGAGUCGCUGGGCGCUGGAAGACAAGAUGACCCCUGCUGAGGACCCAAGCCAGGAUGAGCCAUCAGAUCCCUUCUUGGAGGCAGAUGAGGGAGAGCUUGCUUCCUUCUUGGCCUUUCAGGAAUCCGAGGCAGACCUGGUGAGGAAUGCUUUGUCGGCCUUCCGAUCGCACAACGAAGCAG